AUGAAUGGAGUAGAAGGAAUAGACAAUAAUGCAUUCUAUUCUUUUAAAAGUUUAACAUCAAUCGAAAUAGAUUCACCUGUAAUUAUUGGAACCAGCGCUUUUGAUACAUGUACAUCCUUACAAUCAGUUAAAUUACCAAAUGGAAUACAAAUAAUAGGUGAUUAUGCUUUCCAAAACUGCAAAUCUUUGCCACAGAUUAAUUUGCCAGAUUCCAUUACACAUAUUGGAAAAGGUUGUUUCUACGCUUGUUAUAAGUUAGCUUCUAUAACAUUUCCAAAAGGGUUAAAUAUCUUAGAAGAAUCCACAUUUUACGCAUGCUCUCAUUUAUUAAAUGUUUCAUUACCAGAUACUAUGACACACUUAGGACCUACAUGUUUUAAAGGAUGCAUCAACUUAGAAUCCAUUAAAUUAUCAGAAAACUUAGUAAAAAUUGAUAAUGAAUGCUUUGCCGGUUGUAGCAGCCUUGAAAAGAUAAAUUUACCUGACAAACUACAAGUGAUAGGAGAAGCAUGCUUCCAAGGCUGUAUUUCUCUUGUCAGUAUGGAAUUCAAGAAAAAAAUAAAUACUUUACAUGAUGACGUCGUCGAUGCUUGCAACGCUCUCAAAGAACUUACAUUCGUAUUAACUGAGCAAAAAUAUAUACGAUCACCAUUCGUUUUCUGUCCAGAACUCCAAAAAAUUACAAUUAUCGAAAGCGAAAAUAUGUUUUUGCUAAAAAUUCCUGACAAUUACUUCCAAGAUUGUCAAAAUCUAAAGGAGGUGGUUUUAGACACUCCAAACAUUUUGUCUUUUGGAGCAAACAGUUUUAGAAACUGUGAAAGAUUAGAAAAAGUUACGUUUAAGACACCUUUUAAAGAUUUACAAAAUAUAUUCUUGAAUUGUUUCGAUGGAUGCAAACAAUUAACAGAAAUUAUUCUUCCUGAUUCUGUUUCUUUGAUUAGUUCAUUUUCAUUUAGAAACUGCAUCAGUUUAAGAAAGAUGACAAUUCCUCCAAAAGUUACAAUUCUUUAUUCUGAUUUGUUUUAUGGAUGCACAAGUUUAGAAAGUGUAACAUUUAAUGACAAUAUAAACUCAAUUGGAAUUUCAUGUUUCCAAAAUUGUAAAAAUUUGAAAGAAAUUGUCAAUGGUUUGCCAAAAUCUCUGACAAUGAUCGGAUCAGCUGCAUUCUGUGGCUGUUCGAAACUAGAAAGCGUUACAAUCAAUGAAAACUUGUAUUUCAUUUCUGAUAAUUGUUUCAAAGAUUGUUUAAGUUUGCAAACUGUUACUUUUGAUAACAACAUCAAAAACUUAGAAUUCAUUUAUGAAAAUGCAUUCCAGAACUGCUAUAGCUUGACAAAAAUUAUAUUGCCAAAUUGUGUUACGUUUCUAGGAAAUUCUUCAUUUGGAAAUUGUUCAAAAUUAUCCGAAGUUGUUUUAGGAAAAUCAUUGAAAGAUAUUUCAUCAUCUGCAUUCGAAAAAUCAUCAAAUAUCAAAUCGAUUACAUAUCCAUUAUUCAAUCAAAUGAAUGUCAAUGUAUUUGAUUCAUCGAAAGAUUCUAUUACACAGUUGAUUUUAGUCGAUUCAAUUGACAAUCUGACACUUUUCGAUGAUGAUUGUUUCAAUUACUUUGGAAAUGUUAAUGAUGUUGUAUUUGCUGUUUAUUCAUUGAAAUAUAUUGGUCAAAAAACAUUUAAUGGCUUUAAAAACAUGGAAACAUUAUCAUUUACAAAAUGUAAUGUAAUUGAAAUUAAAGAAGAUGCAGUUUCCAAUCACAAUAAACUUAAUAAUAUGAACUUUGACGCAAAUGAACUUUAUUUAGAUGUAAGUUGUUUUAGAAAUAUUGAUUCAUUACAUCAAGUGACAAUUUCAAGCAAAAUAAUUAGUUUCAAAGACUUCUCAUUUGCUGAUUCCACCAGUUUGAAUUAUAUCAAUAUGAUGUGUGAAAAAGCUACAUUUGGAAAUUCUAUUUUUGAGAAUUGUUCAAAUUUGAAUACUAUUGAUUGUAAUAUUGUCGAUGGCUUAGUUAUAUCAGUUGACUUUGCAAAGAUUAUCCCAUAUGUUAGAGAUUUAAGAAUAGCAUCAAAUCAAGUGACAAUUAAAGGAAAUUCAAUGAAAGAAAUGAAAAAUCUUGUCAAUUUUGAAAUAAAUGCUGACAUUACUUUAGAAGCAAAUUCACUCUCAAACUCAAAUUUGGAGAAUUUAAUUAUAAAUACACAAGGCCAAUUAGACUUCCAAAGUUCUAUAUUUAACGAAUUAUCCAAUCUUCAAAAAUUAUUGAUACUAAAAAGUUCAAAAGUUACAUUUGGUGAAAAUGUUUUUGGACAACAAAAUAUUUUAUCUGAAAUAAAUGUCACUUCACCAUCCAUCAUCUUUAAUCCACAUUGCUUUGAUGGACUUCAAAGUUUAGAAAAGAUAGUUGCAAAUGGAAUUGUUGAGAAAGUUGGAGAAUAUUCAUUUAAUAAUUGUUCGAAACUAUCUAAAAUCGAUUUCAUUUCAAAUGUCCAAACAAUUGAAGAUUCUUCUUUCAAUGAAUGCUCAUCUCUAUUAAACUUUACAAUUAAAAGCGACAAUUUGAAUAAAUUAGGAAAUUCAGCAUUCAAAAAUUGUCAAAAAUUGCAAAACAUAACAAUCAAUUCUCCUCAGAAUUUAUCGAUUUCUGAUCAUUGUUUUUGCUCAUGUUACGAAAUGACUUUCCUUAAUUCCAGUAAUUUGAACUUAGGACAAUUUUCUUUCCAUAAUUGUAAGAAUCUGAGAAAUAUUUCAGGAAACAUUUUGUCUGUUUCAAGUUAUUCAUUUUCUGGAUGCGAAAGUUUAGAAUUAAUUCAGAUUUCUAAUUUAGAAAUAGUUCCUUCCCAUUGUUUCGAAAACUGUAUUAGCUUGCAAAAGUUUAUCACUAUGAAAAAGAUUCAAGAGGUCUCAGAUUAUGGAUUCUAUAAUUGUCCAAAAUUGAAAGAGUUUAAAUUCGAUAAUGUCUCAUUUAUUGGAGAUUUUUCAUUUUCGAAUACUGGAAUUUACAAUUUGACAUUGACAACCAUGGUGAUUUUAGGAAAUUAUUCAUUUGCUAAUUGCAAUGAAUUAUCUGAAGUUUAUUUAGCAAAUCUGUCAUCAAUCGCUAGCAAUGUAUUUGUGAAUGACACAAAACUUUCUAAGUUUGUUUAUUGCGGAACAAAGCAAAUUAAAUCAAAAGAUCUCUUUACAGGAUGCUCUAAACUGAAAGAGAUUUUCGUUUCGAAAGAUUAUGGAAAAUCUUCAAUUUCAGGAGUUCCAUGUUCCACAACUGAAUUUUGUGUUUCAUCAGGAGACAAUCAAAUAAGGAAGAAACUCAUUAUAAUUACAGCAUCUUCUGUAUUUGUUCUUAUUGUAAUUGUUGUAAUAAUUUGUGUUGUAGCUUCAUGCAAGAAACAAGAUAAGAUUAAUUAUAAGGAAUCAGAAAUUGAAUCUCUGUUAUUCACUUCUGAUAAUAAGCUGUACACUAACAGUGCUAAUAUUUAA